AUGAUAUCCAGCAGUCUCAAACAGCUCAUCGAAAAGACGCUGAAAGAGUGGGAAGUUCCUGGCAUAGCUAUCGCCCUUGUCGAGAAAGACGAGUCGGGGCAAUGGGGUGUCACAACCGAGGGCUUUGGCAUGCGAGAUUCGAAGCAGGCUGUGGAUGAGAAGACCCUGUUUGCAGUUGCAUCCAACUCCAAGCUCUUCACAGCGCUGUCGGUCUCGAUGAUCAUCGCUCGCUCAGAGGGCAAGAUUAAGUACACGACCAAGAUCAAAGACCUUUUGCCCGAGUUCUCGAUGAAGGACAAGCUGGCGUCCGAGAGGUGCACCCUCGAAGACUUACUUUGUCACCGCUCGGGUCUUGGGCGGUUCAAUGACCUGCUCGCGUAUGAGAAACUGGACGAUCUCCCGGGAUGUAUCUCAGCGCUCGACUCGGCCGCCGACUUCCGCGAUGUCUACUUGUACAACAAUUGGGCUUAUGACCUCUUGGCCCUCAUCGUCCAACGUGUCUCUGGUAUCGAAUACCACCUCUUUGUCCAGCGCAACAUUCUCGAUCCUCUCGGCAUGGCGUACACCACAUUCGAGCUGGACAAGGCGGGCGGAAACGUCGCGACGGGUCACUGGCGGCAUGGCGAGACGGCGGACGGCGCGGGAAAGAAUAUUGAGUUGGCGAACGGCCUGAAUAUGGGCAGGGGGCUGCGGGGUGCGGGUGGGAUGAUGAGCAACGCCAAGGACAUGGCAAUCUGGCUUCGUACGCUACUGGAACAAGGCGGUGCCAAUCUUCCGGAUGAUUCCGUCAAGCAGUUCUUUAAAGACUCUAUCCGCGGCCGCACCAUCGUCGACGUCGUCGCUGAGACCUCGGACCUUACGCCAAAGCUGUACGGUCUCGCGCGGCGUAUUGGGUCGUAUCAAGGUGUCCAGUUCAUCGAGCAUGGCGGGGCGGUGUCUGGUCACAUGUCGCAAGUCUGCGUGAUUCCCGACCACAACUUCGGCGUGGCGCUCAUGACUAACUCGUCGCCCUGGGGGGAUCUGGUGUACAAUAUCAUCAAGUGGCGGCUGUUUGAAGAGAAGUGUGGCCUGAAGCGAGUCGAUUGGAAUGCUCGGUACACCGCGAGGAGGCAGCGCGAGCUACAGGCUGCUUCGCCCGAAUACAUCUUUCCUGCCGUCCCCGUCGACACCACGCCGGUACCCAUCAGCGAUGCCGAGCUAUGCAGCACCUACACGUCGGGCGGGCUAUCACUCACCGUUAGCAAGGUCGUUCCUCGCUCAGACUUUCCUCAGCUCGAGGCGUUGCCGCACUUCCCGAUGAUGUGGGGACGGGUCUCGGUCAUCCUUGCCCAUAGAUCCGGCAGGGUGUAUGACGGGUGUCUAGAGUAUACUCCGCUGGGGCAGGAAGGGGUCAAGAUGCACGGCAAGAAGAUGGUAGUGGAGGUGGAAGUGGAGGGAGACACGGUCCGAGGGCUAGGGAUCAAGGGGAUGAUUGGGGCGCCGGUGACGCGGACAGGCGAGGCACAGGCCGAUAUCUACUUUGCCAAAUAG